CCUGUCCAUGAAUGGGUUAAAAGCAGCCGCCUCCAGCCUUGAAUGCACGAGAAUACUGAGCGCAGAGCUUGCUUCACAUCGCUCAGCUAACGGAGCUUAUGCUGUUAGCUAAGGCUGUUAAUGUCUUAGAGCAGGUGCCUGUGACCCACAGGGAGGAAGGAGAAGCUGCGGGCCGCGCCCUGAGACCUGAGCAGACUGCGUCGGUCAGCAUGGUCCUUCACCUGCAGGCAGUCGCCUUAGGCCUCCUGCUGCUGCAGACAGGUGCUGUGUUUUCCACCCAAGUGAGCGCCGUGGUGGGGCAGCUGGUCACGCUGCCCUGCACCUACUCGGUGUCUGGAGGGGCCGUCACAUCCAUGUGCUGGGGCCGAGGGCCCUGUCCCAGGAACCAGUGCUCCGAUACACUUAUCUGGACCGAUGGACACCAGGUCACCUCCAGGAAAGAUGGGCGUUAUCGGCUACACGGGCAGAUUAAGCAGGGAGACGUGUCCUUGACCAUCAGGAACGUAACCGUGGGUGACAGUGGCCAGUACUGCUGCCGUAUUGAGGUCCCGGGAUGGUUCAACGAUAUCAAAAGAACCAUCACCCUCAGCGUUGUGCCAGCUCCAGCCACCACCAUAAGAGCUCCAACAACACGUCGUGUCUCCACUGCUAGUCCAACAACAGCACAUACACAGAGUGAAAAAGCAGCUCCAGCCUGGACCACAAGAACUCCAACACCUGGUGUCUCUACUGCUCCUCUAGCACCAGCACAUACACAGAGCCUCAAAACAGCCAUAACCACAAGAGCUGCAACAACACCGAGUAUCUCUACUACUCCUCCAACACCAGCACAUACACAGAGCUCCAUAACAGAAAUCACUCCACCUGUUCCAACUCAAGCAGAAGAGACACAGCCUACAAUACUUCAGGAAACAAAGCCUCAGCCCCCCACCUCCUCCCCAGACUCUGGCCCAACAGCUGAUGGGAAUGGCACAGCAACACAGCCCACAGAUGGCCAUUGGAAUAGCAAUCAAACUGUGUUUGAAGCACAAAACACAUGGAUGAACAGUGACAGACUCUAUAUUGGAAUCCUUAUUUGUAGCUUGGUUUUGCUCAUGGUUUUGGUCACCAUCAUUAUCAAAAAGUAUUUCAUCGGCAAAAAGAAGACAUGGACAAUAAGCAAGAUUUUGUGGACUCGUUCUCAAAUUCCAGCUUUGGAACUGCGAGCCCCAGCAGAAGACAAUGCCUACAUCAUCGAGGAAAACCACUGAGCCAAUGCGAGUGUAGCACUCUCUGCCUGGGACUGCUGAAGACAGUGCCCAGGCAUCACCCUGUAAAGGUCUUUCUAAUCCAGGAAUAUUUUUCUGUAUCACUUUUCUCUGUCCCAGCAGAUCAGUGCUCUUGGAUACAGUAACUCUCAGGAUCAAAGCCAUAUGUUGUCAAGUUGAUUCAAUAGAGUCCUCAUUUUUAGGCUAAGCCUGGCCCAGUCUUUCCAGGCACCGCAGAGCUCUCAAACAUGAACACCUCAGAAUUUUGCCUUUUCUUUAGACUCUAUCAACCUUCUCUCCAUCAAAGAGAAUAAUCGGGAAAACAGGAAAUGAGCUCACCACCACUGUCUAGAGGAAGGGGAUUUAAACAUCAAAAUACCCAGUUUGAGACUUCAUUUGGGAGAGUUUCAUGCUUACCUGUUGCUGUUAUACUGUAACUCCAAAUGGUGACAUUUCAGUUUGUUCCCUAAGUUGAGAUCAUGUGAGUAGCAGGUUUUCUUUCCCUUCUGAGGAAGUACAACUGAUUCCCCUGUCAUCACUGUAGGUGAGUGUGUUUUGUCACGGCUCUGCAUGGUCUCGGGGCACAGAGGGCUAUCUUAGCGGUCAGGUGAAGUUACGGCCCGAGAAGGAUCCAAGUAGGCGCCGGGGAAGACAGUCACCUGCCCAUGGCCCAUCGCAGGCACUGUGUGCCUUACUCUCCCUGUGUGUGGUGCUGUGUCUGUGGACACCUGCCAGCCUCUCUGACAUAAGUGUUAGGAUGGGGCAGGGCAGCAAUGAACAAGGAGAAAAGGUAUUGGGAAAAGGUUUCCUGCCUCACAAAAGUCCUACUGCAUGUAAAAUAGCAUUUAAAAUUAUCGCCACCACUUUCAACCAAAAUUCAAAAUUUGUAAUUGUCCCUAGAACACUUUUUGAUUUAGAGUUAUUCCUGAAGGAUCUUUUUCAUAUCUAAUUAAUACCAAUACUGUUUUUUUUGCUAUGUAAUUAAAUUUUUGGUUUUGUCACAAGAGCUGAAGACUGUUAGUCACAGCCAUGAUUCUUGAAAGUACCGAUUUACAAUGGCUUGCAUUGCCCGAAGGGAAGCAUUUGUACAGGCACAGUUAACAGGGCUGGGUGUUGUUUUAGUUUCCGUUUGAGUAAAGCCUAGCAGAACUCAUGCUUGGGGUGCACGGCUGCUCUCGCCCCAGUGGCCUAGGAGGGCAGGGUGCUUGUUUUCAAAGUUCUUGGUUGUGUCACUGCCCUGCAGAGUUCUAGAAAUGAGUAGGUCCUCAGAAGUGGGGUCUGAGGGUAAGGAAGACAUGUGCACGCUUCGUGGAGUUUGCCAAGUGAGGUUAACGUGAUUUGGUCUAAAAUUCUAUUGUGUUCACAAUGCGGUGUUUUCCUUUUCUGAAAAUUUGAGGCAAGAUGCGUACAUGGGAAGCUUUAAAAUAAAUAAAUAAAAUCACACACUCAGUGCUUCUCUGGAAAGACUCGUCAAGAUGAGGUUGCCCUCUGAGGUGGCCAGGGCCCUAGGAGAUGAAGCCUCACGCUCUAUCACUGUGCUUCUUGUUUUCUUGCACAGUUAUUUGUAUUCCUGUCUGAUGACUGCAGGGCUUUGUAUUUAUGACACCUGCUUUCAUUCUCCACUCUCCUGGAGUUUUACUGUGUAGCCUAAGGGGCCUGGCGAUACACUGAAGUGUUUAUUUAGCAUUUCCAUUUGUUCAAACACAAGAGCAUCAGUAACUAGUGGUAUCCUGUGAGAUGAAGAAACACAAGAGACGUGUUUUACAGGAUUAAAAAUUGAGCCAGCAGGGCGUGGUGGCGCACACUUGUAAUACCAGCACUGGGGA